AGGCUUAAGUUUUCAUAUUCGUUCUCAUGCGCAUGCGUACUUUUUUUGUAUCCUUGUUUGAUAAUGAAAGUUCAUGGCGUCAAUGGCAAGUUUAUCCAGUAAAGUCGCUCGCAAAGCGGCUGCUAGCAGCAUUUUUGGUAAAAUCGGACAAUCUGUGUCGUCAUGCAGGGAUUUUCAUUUUCGAGUCCAUGGUAGAAACACUGAUGCUAAAGCUUCAACUUCAAAUAUUUCUAGAGACUACCCUGUUGUUGACCAUCAGUAUGAUGCUGUAGUAGUUGGUGCAGGAGGUGCAGGUCUGAGAGCUGCGUUUGGUCUGGCAAAUGAUGGCUUUAAAACAGCAUGCAUAACAAAGCUGUUUCCCACCCGCUCACACACCGUUGCAGCUCAGGGUGGUAUAAAUGCUGCGCUGGGACAUAUGGAGGAGGACAACUGGCAGUAUCAUUUCUAUGAUACAGUCAAAGGCUCUGACUGGCUAGGGGAUCAAGAUGCCAUCCAUUACAUGUGUGAGGAGGCACCUAAAACUGUCAUUGAGCUAGAAAACUAUGGUAUGCCAUUCAGCAGACUUGAAAAUGGUAAAAUUUACCAGCGUGCUUUUGGUGGCCAGAGUUUGAAGUUUGGUAAAGGUGGCCAGGCCCACAGGUGUUGUGCUGUGGCUGACAGGACUGGUCACAGCCUGUUGCACACGCUUUAUGGACGGUCGCUGAAAUAUGACACCAAUUACUUUAUUGAGUACUUUGCUCUGGACCUCAUCAUGGAGGGCGGUGAAUGUCGUGGUGUGACAGCACUUUGCCUAGAAGAUGGAUCUAUUCACAGGUUCCAUGCCAAGAACACUGUGCUAGCCACUGGAGGCUAUGGGCGCACCUACUUCUCCUGUACAUCAGCUCACACCUGCACUGGUGAUGGUACAGCUAUGGUCAACAGGGCAGGAUUAGCCAAUGAAGACAUGGAGUUUGUUCAGUUCCAUCCCACAGGUAUCUAUGGAGCUGGAUGUCUGAUCACAGAGGGUUGCCGUGGUGAGGGAGGCUACCUCAUCAACUCUCAAGGUGAAAGAUUCAUGGAGAGAUAUGCACCCAAUGCUAAAGACUUGGCCUCUAGGGAUGUAGUGUCUCGUGCCAGUACAAUAGAAAUCAGGGAGGGAAGAGGCUGUGGCAAGGACAAAGACCAUGUAUACCUUCAGCUUCAUCACUUGGACCCUGAAGUUUUGCACACACGUCUCCCUGGAAUCUCUGAGACUGCCAUGAUCUUUUCUGGUGUUGAUGUGACUCGUGAGCCCAUUCCAGUACUGCCCACAGUCCACUACAACAUGGGAGGCAUCCCCACAAACUACAAAGGACAGGUAAUCCGCUACACAAAAGAAAAAGGAGACGAGGUGGUCCCUGGUCUGUACGCUGCAGGUGAGGCAGCCUGUGCUAGUGUGCACGGAGCCAAUCGCCUGGGUGCCAACUCACUUCUGGAUAUUGUUGUCUUUGGCCGUGCUUGCUCCAAGACAAUCGCUGAGGAAAAUAAACCUGGAGACAAGAUUGGAGCCAUCAAACCGAAUGCAGGAGAGGAAUCUGUUGCCAAUCUUGACCGUCUGAGAUAUGCUAAGGGUUCAACUACCACUGCUGAACUCAGAUUACAGAUGCAAAAGACAAUGCAGAACCAUGCUAGUGUGUUCCGUGAUGGACCCACGUUGAAGGAAGGCUGUGACAAGAUGGCCAAGAUCUAUCAGGGCAUGGAGGAUCUCAAGGUGUCUGACCAUGGCCUCAUCUGGAACACAGAUCUAGUAGAGACUCUGGAACUCCAGAACUUGAUGAUCAAUGCUGUCCAGACAAUUGUGGGAGCAGAGGCUCGUCAGGAGAGCAGAGGAGCCCAUUCCAGGGAAGAUUUCCGUACUCGUAUUGAUGAGUAUGAUUAUAGCAAGCCAGUAGCUGGCCAACAGAAGAAACCUUUCGAGCAGCACUGGAGAAAACACACUUUGGCAUAUGUGGAUCAAAAAACUGGCAAAGUAACUUUAGAUUAUCGUCCUGUGAUUGAUGACACACUUAGUCAACAAGAAUGCCCUUAUGUACCCCCAGCUAUCAGGAGCUACUAAACCCACUCAAGCUUGUUGGUCUUAGAAGGUGAUUGAAAGUUUCUAAACAUGCAGGAUCUAGAUCUUACUAAUUCUAUAUGCUUGAUGUCUGUGAUGUAUGUAUGAUGAUAUAUGUUAGCUUUUCUUUUGUUUUAUCUCAUUGUAAACUUUUUGAAAGGUUAUUGGAUAUAUAUUAUUUUUUUGUUUAUAAGGUUUUCUUUAUUCUAGAUAUUUACUUCGAAUAUUUUUGUCUUGUUUGCGUAAAAGCUGGGACGUUUUGACAAUGAGAUUAGCCUAUAGACAAGUACAACUUUCUCAAUGGUUUAGCUGAGUUCAGUUUAUAUGCUCACACAACCUAAUAUCUAUUCACAAAGGCUUGACCAGUGUAAAGCCAUCUAACUCUAGCCCUAAACAAAACACUUUGUUUGACCAGAUUUAACUGGUUAAAAAAAACAAUGUAUUGAUGGUGUAGAAUAGAUAAUUUAUUGGUUGAUGUUGUAUUCAUUCAUGCCGAUUUGGUUAGAAGAAUAUGCUCAUGUAAAUAAACAAAGUGGUGACA